CAUACAAAUGGUAUCAUAUCCUAGGCUCCAUGUAGGCGGGCUGAUGAUGUAACUUGAACCGCGGAUUUUUUGUUCUCUAAACUUUGGCGCCUGGUUGCGAUAUUAACCAACUUUUGAGCGUACGAGGAUUAUGCUUAUAGGAACCGAUUCUUAUUUUUUUACCUGCACUGAUUCAUUUGAGGUCUAAGUGGCAGCUCACAUUGUUCUGCAGUGAUUGAAUAAAAGGAGGCGGGGCUCUAGUUUGAUCAGCUUUAUGAAGGGAAUGUGUUGACUGAGCUGUGGGAUCGUGUUACAAACAAGGAUUGUUUCGUUAUUUUUCUCCAACUUCUGAUACGAUUUUUGAAGUAAAUUCGCUUGGAUGGUUACUAGGGAGGCAAUCCUCAACAAGAAGGCAGUGUAUGAACCCACCAAAGGUCAAAGGUUCCGUCAGGUCGUCUGCUCCAAGGGCUGGGCCAUCUGCAUCCUGAUGUCAAUGGGCACCGCCAUGAUCGCCAUAGCAGUGAUUGCUGCGUUUGCCAGGCCAGGCUCCACCCUGCCACAAGAGCCUUGCAGCAACCAGCAGGCACCUGAGUCCUCAGGUCACAGCGCCGCUGACCUUCACCCUGGUUAUGACAAACCUCAGACGUACAUUGCCACCAACGGGGAACCCUUUCCCUGGAAAGAUUUGAGACUCCCUGGAACAGUCGUCCCCGAGUCUUACAGUAUAUUCCUCCAUGCUAACAUAUCCCAGUCGUAUUUCAAAGGGAGGGUUGAGAUGGUGCUUGAGGUGGUGUCGGAUACGAACUUCAUCGUGUUCCACACCCAGGACCUGAACAUAUCCGACCUGAGCCUGUACGAGGUGCUGGAUCACAGGCUGGAGUUCAGCAAGACCAGGCUACAGGUGAGGCAGGAGCUGGAGUACCCCAGGAAUGACCAGUACUACGUCAGGCUGGACAGUACCAUCAGGGCCAAGACACGGCUGGAGCUCCACGUCAACUUCAGGGGGUCUUUGGAGAGUGUCAGCAAGAUGAAAGGCUUUUACAAGAGUGAAUAUACAGUCAAGGGGGAGACGAGAUACAUGGCCAGCACCCAGUUUGAAGCAACAUCUGCCAGAAAUGCUUUCCCUUGUUUUGAUGAGCCUCAGCUGAAGGCCAAAUUUAAAAUGUCCAUUGUCCGUAACAAAGAGCACAUCACUCUAUUCAACACGCCAUUAAAAGGGAGCACGCCGUACGGGGAAGGUUUGGUGCAAGAUGAGUACGAGGAGUCAGUGAAGAUGAGUACGUACCUUGUUGCGUUUGUCAUAUGUGAUUUCAAGAAUAUGAGCAAAACAACAGAGGAUGGUGUAGAGGUGCGCCUAUUUGCCCCAGAAGAUAAAAUCUACAUGGGAGAGUUUGCUCUCAAUGCUUCUGUUACAGUCUUGAACUACUACAACUCUUUUUUUGGUAUUCCUUACCCCCUUCCUAAACAAGAUCUAAUAGCCAUCCCCAACUUUGCUGCUGGCGCCAUGGAGAACUGGGGCCUGAUCACCUACAGGGAUACAUCCAUCCUGUAUGACCCUGCCAUUUCUACUGAGGGCACCAAGAAAUGGGUCACCAUAGUUGUAGCCCACGAGCUGGCACAUCAGUGGUUUGGUAACCUGGUCACAAUGAAAUGGUGGAAUGACCUGUGGCUGAAUGAGGGAUUUGCCUCGUAUGUUGAACGUAUUGGGGCUGACCAAGUGGAUAAAGAAUUUCAUAUGAUUGAUUCAUUCAUGGAACCAUUUAGUGGCUCCAUGUAUUUGGAUAGUCUGGCCACUUCCCACCCAAUAGAAGUUGAAGUUCUGGACCCUAGUGAAGUUGAUGCAGCUUUUGACAAGAUCUCUUACGAUAAGGGCGGGUCACUGAUACGGAUGCUCCAGAGUGUUAUUGGUGAAGCUGACUUCAAGAAUGGACUUACCUCCUACCUCAGAAAACACGAGUAUGGGAACGCUGAAACAAAAGAUCUCUGGGAUGCUUUUGAGGAGGCCAGUAAUUUGGAUGCAGGCCUAAAAGUAUCUGUUGUCAUGGAUACAUGGACCAAACAAAUGGGCUAUCCAGUUGUUACAGUUGUGAGGGAGAAGGGGAAACUACUCUUAACUCAGGAGAGAUUUCUGAUAAUGAAUGUCUCCCACAAUCACUCUGUCAGCUCAUACAAAUCACCUUACAACUACAAGUGGUACAUCCCCUUCACAUACUCCACAUCGGCCAACCCAUCUCGACAAAGCCUGGUUUGGAUGAUGAAAGACUCCGCCUCCGUGGAUCUGCCCAAUGAUUCGGUGGCCUGGAUCAAAGGCAAUGUGGGCAGCUAUGGCUACUACAGGGUCAACUAUGACAAGGAGGGCUGGCAGGCCAUCAUAAAGCAACUGAGGACUGACCAUACUGUGUUUGCAGUCACUGACAGAGUGGGGCUUAUCAGUGAUGCUUUCUCACUGGCCAGAGCAGGACUAAUAGACUACACAGUCCCUCUAGAAAUGACCAAGUACCUGAUCAAUGAAACCGACUACUUUGUCUGGGAAGAGGCCCUGAGCCACAUCUACUUCCUGGAGAGCCAGCUGAAGCUGCAGGAGGAGUUUGACUUGCUGAAAUCUUUCCUCCUGGGUCUGGCCAAGCCGCUCAUAGACAAGCUGGGAUGGGAGAACUCCGGAACUCAUCUCACAAAAAAGCUGAGAGCCUCCAUGAUUACACUUGCCAUAGCUGUGGAGUACCAGCCUGCUGUGGAUAUUGGUAUAAGCAAAUUUAAACAGUGGAUUCAAAACCAAAGCACACUAAUGAAUGAUGAUCUCCGAGGCAUCAUCUAUGGCACUGGGCUCAAGUACGGCAAGAAAGCUGAUUGGGAUAUUGUGUUCCAGAGAUACCUCACAUCCAACGUUCCGUCUGAAAAGAUUACGUUGUUGUCAUCACUUGCUGAUACUACGGAUGCCAGAGUUCUUCAAAUCUUUUUAGAAUACAGCCUUGAUGAUACAAAGGUCAAGUCCCAAAAUUCAGGGGACGUAAUUGAGUAUGUUGCUGCAAACAACAAUGGGUUUCUGCUAAGCUGGAGGUUCUUCAGGCUACAUUGGGAUGAGCUGUAUGAGAGAUAUGGGGACAGUGCUUUCAUCUUGUCCAGUGUAUUAAAAAGUGUGACUGUACCUUUUAGUACACAGUUUGAUUAUGAUGAGAUAGUCAACUUUUUCAAGAACAAAGAGCUAGGAACUGCCAAGAUGGCUCUAGAUCAGGCUCUGGAAGUUGUACAGAGCCACAUAGACUGGGCUAGGAGAAACAUGGACACUGUCAAGCUAUGGCUCAAGACUAAUGUUAGUCCGAAGUAAAACUUUAUUUAAACAUUUUGUGGAGUAAUGUUAGUCUGAAGAAAAAUUU